AUGCUCGGCUGGUAUCAAGCACGACUUGCGGCCCGCCCGCUGCUCACCCAGAGCAUCACCACCGCCAUCCUCUUCGCCACCGGUGACCUCACCGCCCAGCAGCUCGUUGAGAAGCGCGGCCUCGAGAAGCAUGAGUGGGCUCGCACCGGCCGCAUGGCCCUCUACGGUGGAACCAUCUUCGGCCCCGCCGCCACGACCUGGUUCAAGUUCCUCCAGAACAACGUCGUUCUUCGCAACAAGAACCUCGAGAUCCUCGCCCGCGUCGGUGUCGACCAAGGUGUCUUCGCACCGGUUAUGAUCGGCGUCUUCCUGUCCUCCAUGGCCGUCCUCGAGGGCGUCCCUCCCCAGGAGAAGCUCGAGAAGAGCUACACGACGGCGCUCACAUCCAACUACAUGCUGUGGCCCUUUGUGCAGAUGGUCAACUUCAAGCUGGUUCCGCUUCACCACCGGGUCCUGUUCGUCAACGUCAUCAGCAUCGGAUGGAACUCGUAUCUCAGUUUCUUGAACAGUCAGAAAUAG